AUGGAGAGUCCCCCACCCAAGGAAAAGAAACCUCCUCUGUUCUUCAAACAUGACGCCAAACGGGCCGAACAAAAACCUGACACCAGUAAAUCACCACUGAAGAAAGUCAGUUCAAAGGCUGUGGUAACUGGAGGGGCCGGCUAUUUUGGAUUCACCCUUGGCUGCGCGCUUGCCAAAUCAGGGACAGAUGUGAUUAUCUACGAUAUCAAAAAGCCUCUGUGGCCAAUCCCGAAAGGCAUCGUGGUUGUGCAGGCAGAUAUCAGACAUCGCAAUGACUUCUACACGGCCUGCGAAGGUGCUGAUUGCGUCAUCCAUGCCGCUGCAUAUGGAAUGUCGGGGACAGAACAAUUACACAGGCGACAAAUUCAGUCCAUCAACGUCAGAGGAACCGGCAUAGUCAUUGAAGUCUGCAAGCAACGGAACGUUCCCCGGCUGAUCUACACCAGCACGGUCAACGUAGUCUUUGGGGGGCAAACUAUUUUAGAUGGGGAUGAGGAGAGUGUGCUGUAUUUUCCUUUGGCCGAGCAUGUUAAUGAAUAUUCCAGGACCAAAUCAAUUGCAGAGCAAAUGGUCUUAGCAGCAAAUGGAUCAACCCUAGCAGGUGGUGGCAAGCUGUAUACCUGUGCCUUACGUGCCCCUGGCAUCUAUGGGCCAGAAGAACAAAGACAUAUGCCUCGAAUGGCGUUGAAUAUCGAAAGGGGGAUGUUUAACUUCAAAAUUGGGAGUGCUGACACACUGAUGAAUUGGGUCCAUGUCAAGAAUCUCGUGCAAGCCCAUAUCCUUGCUGCAGACGCUCUGACUCCUGAGAAGAACUAUAUAGCGAGCGGCCAGGCAUAUUUUAUCAACGACGGAGAGAAAGUUAACCUUUAUGAAUGGUUAUCUCCGCUGUUUGAAAAAUUAGGUGCCCGGAAGCCAUGGAUACCCGCGCCACUUUUUUUAGUUCACCUGUCAGCGGUAUUUAUGGAGUAUGUACACAUGGUAUUGUGGCCCUUUGUGGAAUUUACCCCUCUUGUCACCAGUUACGAGGUGCACAACAUUUCUUGCACACACACAUUCAAAACGGAUAAAGCUCACAAGCAACUGGGUUACACCCCAAAGAAGUACACAUUUGCCGAUUGCGUGGAUCAUUUCAUGAAAACCAGGCCCCGCUCAAAGAAUUUCUUCUUCCUUAAACUGUUCCUUUGCAUGCUCGUCUUCAUUGGCCUGGUUGUUCUGGGUGUUAAAUACCAAGAGGUUGCUGACUUUUUGAGCGAGCAAUGGGCACGUUAUCGGGAGAUUGUGGAAUAA